GUUAUUUAUAUCCCUAAUCCGCAGGUUCUCAACCCCCUGUCGAAAAAGUUCGUGCUCGUUCUCGCUUGGCUUGUUUUGAUUUUCGGCUGCUUCAACUAUGGCGACAGCUUCAGUGGCUUUUAAAUCCCGGGAGGACCACAGGAAACAGCUCGAAUUGGAAGAGGCCCGCAAGGCUGGACUUGCUCCAGCUGAAGUGGAUGAGGAUGGAAAGGAAAUCAAUCCUCAUAUUCCCCAGUAUAUGUCAUCGGCCCCCUGGUAUUUGAAUGCAGAGAGACCGAGUUUGAAACAUCAAAGGAAGUGGAAGUCAGAUCCAAAUUAUACUAAGUCGUGGUAUGAUAGAGGUGCAAAGACUUUCCAAGCUGAAAAAUACAGGAAGGGGGCUUGCGAGAAUUGUGGGGCUAUGACGCAUGACAAGAAGUCCUGUGUAGAUAGGCCACGCAAAAUUGGAGCGAAGUGGACUGGAAAACAUAUUGCUCCGGAUGAGAAGAUUGAGACAUUUGAGCUUGACUAUGAUGGAAAGCGAGACCGUUGGAAUGGAUAUGAUGCUGCAUCUUAUGCCCAUGUUAUCCAGCGGUAUGAAGCUAGGGACGAAGCAAGAAGCAAGUAUUUGAAGGAGCAACAACUUAAGAAGCUGGAGGAGAAAAAUAAUAACCAGAAUGAAGAUGGAGUCAGCGAUGAUGAAGAUAAUGACGAGGACUCCUUGAAGAUUGAUGAAGCCAAAGUUGAUGAGAGCAACCAAAUGGACUUUGCAAAGGUUGAAAAGCGUGUCCGUACUACAGGUGGUGGCAGCACUGGAACUGUCAGGAAUUUACGUAUUCGAGAGGAUACUGCUAAAUAUCUUCUCAAUCUUGAUGUUAAUUCUGCUCACUAUGACCCAAAAACACGCUCUAUGCGUGAGGAUCCUCUUCCAGAUAUGGAUCCGAAUGAGAAGUUUUACGCAGGAGAUAACCAGAACAGAGUGAGUGGUCAAGCAUUGGAGUUUAAGCAGCUCAAUAUACAUGCUUGGGAAGCAUUUGACAAGGGUCAAGAUGUUCAUAUGCAAGCAGCUCCUUCACAAGCUGAAUUACUUUACAAGAACUUCAAGGUUAAUAAGGAGAAGUUGAAAUCUCAAACGAAAGACAAAAUCAUGGAAAAGUAUGGCAAUGCUGCAACUGAAGAAAUGCUUCCACGAGAGCUGUUACUAGGACAAAGUGAGAAAGAAGUUGAAUAUGAUCGAGCUGGCAGAAUCAUAAAAGGCCAGGAGACAUCUCUUCCGAAAAGCAAAUAUGAAGAGGAUGUUUAUGUUAACAACCAUACUAGUGUGUGGGGUUCUUGGUGGAGAGACCAUCAGUGGGGCUACAAAUGUUGCCAGCAGACAGUAAGAAACAGCUACUGUACUGGCGCUGCUGGUAUUGAGGCUGCUGAAGCUGCAGCUGAUCUUAUGAAAGCUAAUAUUGCUCGGAAAGAGGCUGCUGAAGAUGCACCUGAGCCAGCUGAGAGUAAAAACCUUGCGACAUGGGGUUCUGAAGUACCUGAUGAUUUAGUAUUGGACCAGAAAAAACUGGCUGAUUCGCUCAAGAAGGAGGAUGAACGAAAAAGAGAAGAAAGAGAUGAACGGAAGCGCAAGUAUAAUGUUAAGUGGAACGAUGAGGUUACUGCUGAGGACAUGGAGGCAUACCGGAUGAAGAGGGUCCACCAUGAUGACCCAAUGAAGGACUUCCUGCACUGAUAUAUAUGUUCCAGUACUUGUGUUGGCAUGGAACAAAAUUAGUUGAGAAAAGGUUGUGUUAGAGUGAGUGAAGUGGAUUCUUUGUAUCGCUUUGUGUUGGUGAAAUCAUAUGUGGGAGCAAUAUCAUAGUAAGUCAGCAUCUGAAAUCAUUUCUGUACAAAUAACAUUAAUAGACACGUGGAUGGUAAAAGUCUGCAUCAAUGCUUGAUUAUUGUUUGCUUGAA